AUGCCCGAACACCACCUUGACUCUGUCCGGUCAAUUUACGACGAGCGAAGUGAGCAGUACGAUGCGAACCAGGUCCAUGUAAAGCAAGCUCACGAUUACGUGGAAUGGGCCCAACUGAGGGAGGGUGAAUGUGUCCUUGACCUGGCAUGCGGAACAGGCCUUGUCACUCUCGAGGCAAAGCGCGUGGUAGGACCUGCAGGCCAUGUUGUUGGCAUUGAUAUCAGCGAUGGCAUGCUGAAUGUGGCCAUCCGAAAAGCCGAAACUGAAGGAGUUGACGUGCUAUUUCUUAACCAUGACAUAGCCGACCUUAGGGGACUGGACCUCCUGCCCGAGGGAAAGGUCGGUUUUGACGUGAUAACCUGCGCAUCUGCUUUAAUACUCCUUCAGCAACCCCUGGAAGCCGUCACUAUGUGGAAGACAUUGCUAUCCCCGGGCGGCCGCCUGGUCACAGACGUCCAGACCAAAGAUGCCAAUGUUGUCAUGAAUAUUUUCGCGGCUAUUGCACCUGAGCUGGGUGAGGAGAUGCCAUGGAACACACAACAGUGGCAGUGGCAGGCAGAUCUUGAACAAUUGAUGGUGGAUGCAGGCUUAACUGUGCAAAAGAUCUUUGAGACAGGAGCCUACGCUACCACACACUAUGACCAGAGAUCGGCACCGGAGCUUUUCGAUCAGGCGGUAGAGAAGUCGAUGUACAAGGUCUUCGGGCGAGAACCCGUUCGCGCAAAAGCAAAGGCUUUGUUCUUGAAGCACUUCACAGAUAUCGCCGGGGAUGAGGGCGUGGUGAGCGAGGAGUGCCGAUUCUGGGUCGUUGUGGCCUCGUUACCAUGA